AAUCCUCUCUUCUCUUCUCUCCUCUCACUAUCCAGCUCUAAAGAAAAAGAGAAAAUUUUCUCUCUCUGCACAAAAAGAAAAUCUCAAAAUUCUCAUCUCAAGGUUUCGUCCGUAUCCCAAAUAUUCUCCCAUACUCCAUUCUCAUCUGGCACAGAAGAAAGAGGAAAUUAUUAGGUAUCGAUUUUUUAAGAAUUCGAUUGUUUUUCUUCUUUUCUAUUUUGGUUUUGGAUCUACCGCGACGAUGUCGUUGAGGCCGAAUGCGAGGACGGAGGUUCGCCGGAGCCGGUACAAGGUGGCGGUGGAUGCGGAAGAGGGGCGCCGGCGGAGGGAGGAUAAUAUGGUGGAGAUCCGGAAGAAUAGAAGAGAGGAAAAUUUACUGAAGAAGCGUCGCGAGGGGCUUCAAGCUCAGCAAUUUCAGCCAGCAGUCAACGUUCCGCAGCUAGAUAAGAAGUUAGAAAGUCUUCCAGCUAUGGUUGCUGGCGUUUGGUCUAAUGAUGGUGCACUUCAGCUUGAGGCCACAACUCAGUUCCGUAAACUUCUGUCAAUAGAGCGAAAUCCGCCAAUUGAGGAAGUGAUACAGUCUGGAGUUGUUCCUCGUUUUGUUGAGUUUCUUGCGAGAGAUGAUUACCCACAGCUUCAGUUUGAGGCUGCCUGGGCUCUCACGAACAUUGCCUCUGGGACAUCUGACAACACCAAAGUUGUGAUCGAUCAUGGUGCUGUUCCGAUUUUUGUGAGACUUCUUAGUUCUCCAAGUGAUGACGUGCGCGAACAGGCGGUUUGGGCAUUGGGUAACGUUGCUGGUGACUCGCCUAAAUGUCGUGAUCUUGUCCUUGGUUAUGGAGCUUUAAUGCCAUUAUUAGCACAAUUUAAUGAUCAAGCUAAGCUAUCCAUGUUGCGGAAUGCAACAUGGACACUGUCAAACUUCUGUCGGGGAAAGCCGCAACCUCAAUUUGAGCAGGUCAAACCAGCACUUCCUGCUCUUGCUCAUCUUAUACAUACAAAUGAUGAAGAAGUCCUUACAGAUGCAUGCUGGGCGCUUUCAUAUCUGUCUGAUGGUGUUAAUGAUAAAAUCCAAGCUGUAAUUGAAGCUGGUGUAUGCCCACGUCUGGUUGAGCUUUUACUACAUCCCUCACCAUCAGUUCUGAUUCCUGCCUUGCGCACAGUUGGUAAUAUUGUGACUGGUGAUGAUGCCCAGACUCAGGUUAUCAUCGAUAAUAGGGCUCUUCCUUGCCUGCUUAACUUGUUGACGCAAAAUUAUAAGAAAAGCAUCAAGAAGGAAGCCUGUUGGACUAUCUCAAACAUCACUGCUGGAAAUAGGGACCAGAUACAGGCUGUUAUUGAGGCUGGCAUUAUUUCCCCUCUAGUGGUUCUGCUUCAAAAUGCGGAGUUUGAGAUAAAAAAAGAGGCUGCCUGGGCUAUUUCAAAUGCCACUUCUGGUGGAACUAGUGAUCAAAUCAAGUUUUUGGUACGCGAGGGAUGUAUAAAACCACUCUGUGAUCUUCUCGUUUGUCCUGACCCAAGAAUUGUUACGGUUUGCUUGGAAGGUCUUGAGAACAUUCUGAAGGUUGGAGAAGCUGAGAAGAACCAAGGCAAUACCGGAGAUGUGAAUGUCUAUGCCCAGAUGAUUGACAGUGCAGAAGGUCUUGAGAAGAUUGAAAAUCUUCAAAGUCAUGACAACAAUGAAAUUUAUGAAAAGGCAGUGAAGAUUCUAGAAACAUAUUGGUUGGAAGAAGAGGAUGAGCAGCUGGUCUCUGGUGAUGCUCCACAAUCUGGCUUCAACUUUGGAGGUGGAGAUCUUCCAGUUCCAUCAGGGGGAUUCAAAUUCAGUUAAGGACUUCUUAUCUCGUUGGAAUGGGUGUCCCCUGGAUGUGGCUGGUUGAAAUUGUCAUCUGGAGUUAGGAGGAGGUUCCUUGUAAGAUGCAAAUGCUCUUGUGCAUGAAGAGAUGAAGUCCAUCUGAGUCUUUGGUCCUCCGAGGUGGCUGAAUAAUAAAAAGGAUCUUGUGGUAUUAUCAGCCAGUUAUUGCAAGUUUUUGAUGCAAAUCAAACCUCUUGAAAUUUGGAGUCCUCUUUUGCGUAUUUGGGUCUGUGCUGUCAGUUAUUUCUUCCAUGUUAUGGGAAGAUAUAACCUAUCUUAUGUAUAUGACAUGGAAAAUGUUUUCCAUGUCGGCCGGAGUAAAUAAAUCGAAAACGAGUCAUAUGUAAUUUUUUGUGAAUGUACUAGUUGGUUGUUUCGGGUCAACACAGUCUGGUCUGUUGAAGGUUCUUCUUUUGAGUAGUUUUGAAGAUGUAUUUGUCUGGGUAACUUAAUGCGAUUAUUGAAAAUUUCCAAGAAAUCUUACUAGUCAUUUUCUUCUUUUA